CAGCCAGAAUCCAAGAUGGCGGCGAGCUGUGACGUAAUAGGAUCUCGCGAGAGCGAAAGGGCGCCAUUUGAAAGUUCCCGCGCUUCCGCCCGAGGGGAGGGACUCCCCAAGGAUCGCCAGUCUAUGAAGGGACACGAAUUAAAAAGACCCUCGGCGCUGAAGUGGGCUAGAGGGAAGUGAAAAGCAUCUGGAGAUGAAGGCCUUUCAGAGCCUCUGCAGGCGGCUGAGCCGCUCGCCCGGGUCUCCUGCAGAGCCAGCCCCGAGCGCGGCCUUCUCCGCUUCCUCGUGCUCGUGGGGCCGGAAGAAAACAGUGAAUCCUUACGGAAACGUGGACCAAGGGAAGUACUCUGAUUUAGUGCAGUCCGUCUUGUCCAGAGCUCGCGCGCAGACUCCGGAAUCCUUGUUCGAGGAAGACGCUCUCCUCUACGGGCCUGUGAGUAAGGGGAAGCCCCCAGAGCGCGGUGGGGAAGCGGGAGCGCCGCAGAACUGGUUUCCUCUCUUCAGUCCGGAGAGGGGGCUGAGCCCACACGCCGCAAGUGAUCCUGCAAUCCCUUUGAAAAUCCCUCUGCAAAGGACUGUGAUUCCAAGUGUGACCCGCAUCCUUCAGCAGACCAUGACGUCGGAACAGCUGUUCUAUUUGGAGAGGUGGAAACAGCGGAUGAUUCUGGAACUGGGAGAGGAUGGCUUUGCAGAAUAUACUUCAAACAUAUUUUUACAAGGAAAACGAUUCCAUAAAGCCUUGGAAAGCAUACUUUCACCCCAGGGAAACUUAAAAGAGAGUGAUGAGAAUCUCCUUGAGUCUGGCUACAUCGAAAGUGUCCAGCAUAUUCUGAAAGAUGUCAGUGGAGUGCGAGCUGUUGAAAGCGCUGUUCAUCAUGAGACCUUGAAGUAUGUAGGUCUGCUGGACUGUGUGGCUGAGUAUCAGGGCAAGCUGUGUGUGAUUGAUUGGAAGACAUCAGAGAAACCAAAACCUUUUAUCCGAAAUACAUUUGACAACCCACUGCAAGUUGUGGCAUACGUUGGUGCCAUAAACCAUGAUGCCAACUAUAGCUUUCAGGUUCAGUGUGGCUUAAUUGUAGUGGCCUACAAAGAUGGAUCCCCUGCCCACCCACAUUUCAUGGAUGCUGAGCUCUGUUCCCAGUACUGGGCAAAGUGGCUUCUUCGACUAGAAGAAUAUACAAAGAAGGAAAAGAAGCAGAAUAGUCAGAAACCAGAUUAGGGUCAGGAUGCUGUUUGAGAACAUUCAGCCCUUUCCUACAGUUUGGGAAGGUAUAUCACUGUUUACUGUGAUCUAAAAAUGGAGAUGCUACAGGAUCUGAGCGCUACAUUAACAUAAGCAGAAGUAUUAAUUUGUUGAAAUUUCUUGCAUCCAAAAGGACUGAAAAGCCAAAAAAGUUUAGAUGUAAAGAGCUGGACUUCAGCACAUAAAAGACCAACUGUGUUACCUCUGACUGUUAUUUACCUGAAGAAAGAGCAAGCAGGAUUAGCACAGUGUUGGUGGCUCUUGGACUUCCCUGUAGACUUUUCUGGGUCCUGGGCAGGACGCCCAGUGUCUGAUUGAGAUUGGAGGGCAGUGAGGCUUGGUGUGCCAAGCAUUUCCCCAGGGUAUGCCAGGAGGUAAGGGGCCAUGCACCCCCAGGGUGUAUGUGGAGGGAGAACUCCCAUCAGCCAACUAUUACUGCCAGUGCAGUUUCAUAAAACUUGUUUUAUAUAUUGGGGCUUUCUAUAUACUUCAUUUGGGGAAAAAAAUUUCAUUUAACAUUUUUGAAAAAUAAGUGUGUGAUUCCUUAGACUCAAGUAAACAUUGCUGUCUGGAAAGAUGGAGCCUAUUUACCAUGUCAUUGGCAGUAUCCCAUGGCACACCACCAAAUAACCCCCAGAAGUAGCCAGACUCCAAUCUGAGAAUCGUAAUUGUACGUAUCUUAGUAGCCAUAUUCUGGCUUGAGUCAAUGAAUCAUGUACCUAGAGAAAAUGUAUCAUUUGUAGACUUUUUCAACUAUGGAAGACAACAAAAUCUAAUAAUUUUUUGUACGUUUGAUAAGUAAUAAAAAUUAUUAGUUGUUACUGGGUUUGGAAAACUUAAAUACCUACCAUAGCCUUGUGGGGGGAGUCCCUGUUUUAUGGAGUAGGUUAGCAUUUUAGUUACAGUUGCUGUCUUAAAAAAGUUGGGUGCUGCAAUUACUUUUUUCUUUCAUUAGCCAUUAUAAGAAAUAAAAUAUAAGA